GGAAAGACGUGGCACCACAUCGAGCUAUCUUCCAAGAAACAAGGAGCUGCUGAGAGUUCCGUUCCGAUAUUAUCGAUCUGUCAGUGAGACGCACGUAAAAGAAAAGCUAACGGCGAUGUGAUCGAGGAUGCGUUUGCCUUGAGCAGUCCAGUGAACCCAUAUGAGUGAAGUGCCCCCAUCCAAAGACAUGGCAGAGGAAGGCGUUUCCCAACAGCACAUAGCAGAUCUCAAGGACGACAAAACGCACCCUACGAGUUCAGGUGACUCUGCAGCAUGUGAUGAGCACAAACCACCUGAUCUUCCCGUGAAUGUGAAUCAGCAAAGCUCAAAUGUUUCAGAUUCUUCGUCAUCAUCUUUAAUUGGCGAAGCUGAAAGUAACAAUGGUGAAGGUGUGGAGCAGGCAGUUGGAAGAGGAGCUUGUGCUGAAAAGAAGAUGGCGCCUCCUACAGAAAAAUCAUCAGGAGAAGACGACAGCAGGGAGAAAAGCAGCCCUCCUGAAUCUGAUGAAGAAAGUCAUGGAGAUCACAAAAGAAAUAAGGAACCACCCUCAAAGGCUGAUGCAAUCCCCGAAGAAGACCAUGAUAAGGAGGAGAAGAAAGCAAGAGCCACAGGCACAUUAUCAGCUGAUGACAGACAGGAGGACCAGCCUGAUGGAACGAAAACUGCGACUGAUGAAGAAUCUUCAGCCACAAACCAAACCAGCGCUGAUGCUGGAGAGGGAGAGGAUGCAGAGACCACUUCAGCAUCAGAGGAAGUUAAGGAGACAUCGGACAGCACAGCCUCACCAGAGCCGGCUUUGCUGCAGAACGAGUCACUGAGGGAAGAGUUAGAUGAUCAGGAAAAGGAUGUUGAAACCAUUGGCCCCACUACUCAAGAAAUUCCUGAACCUAAAGUACAGGGAGGAAUCAGAAGAUACUUGGCAGCAGUCUGUAUCGUGGCAUUUGUAGCUAUCUUGGUGCAGCAUCUCCUCCUACCUGAGCCACAGCCUCAGAAAAAGGAUGUGCGCCAAAUAGACGUCUUCCUCAAGCAGAUGGAAAAAGUAAAGACUGGGUUUCCUAACCAGCGUGCUGAGCUGUGGACCAGGGCCAGGAUCCACCUGCAGAGGCAUCUCCUGACAGCUCAGCCCACAGAGCCGGUGAGCCUGAUCCUGACCGCCGGCCUCAGAGCUGAGAGGACGCUGCACUGCCUCGCUCAGGGUCUGGCCUCCGCCUUCUCUGCUGCCCUCAACGCCUCUGUCCUCCACAUCGAUGGAGCCAGCAAAGCCAGCGAGGACAGCGACCAGGUCAAGCUGGACAUUGACAGCAAGUUGCAGGGCGCUUUUGAAGGAGACAAACCCGUGGCGAUCAUUCACCGCUUCGAAGAGCUCCCUCCGGGCUCCACUCUUAUUUUUUAUCGCUACUGUGACCACGAAAAUGCGGCAUACAAAAAAACAUUUCUGAUCUUCACAGUGCUGCUGGGGGAAGAGGAGGAGAUUCCUGCCAAGAUUCGCUUGAGUGUGGUGGAGGAGAUGGUGGACGACCACCUCCAGAAAAAGUUUCUCACGCAUGGCCACCCUGUGUCCUUUGACAGGAUGGACCUCGACAAGUAUGGCGGACUGUGGAGCCGCAUUUCUCACCUCAUCCUCCCUGUGGCAGCAGAGGAAAGAAUAGAGCAUGAAGGCUGCUAGAGGACAUGAGCAGCCCUUCAUCUGAACUUUUAGUCCAAGCCACUGCAGAUCUGUGAGGCCUUUCACUGAGGGUCAUUAUGGGAUAAACCAGGUUUCUUACGUAUGCUAAAUUAAAGCUCAUUACAAAUGAAGACAUCAUGCAUAGAUAAGAGACAUUGUGAUGUAGGGUAAUUGUUUCUAUGAACAUUUAUCAAGAAAAAAACACUUCAGAAAAAGGCUGUGGCACUUUAUUCUUUGAGUCUUUUGAUCAAAUGUAGUUAGACUGCAAAAUGAAGUAAAUUGGGGGCUUAUUUGGAUUUUGUGAUACAAUUUUAAUGGUAACUGCUAAAUUUCACAAAAUGUUAUCUAAUGUAAGAUUUGAUUGUUCUGUGGAUGAUGAUCACUUAAGAGGUAGAAGGCAAAGCUGUUCUGUUGGUUUCACAGCACAGGGUUUAUUAUUUCCACAAUUAAUGUCUUCUGUGAAACCAUGGGCCUUAACUCAACAAACCAUGUCCUUUUUUUUCUACAUGCAUAUACAUGUUACACUAUGGGAUGACAAAUGACAAGUGCAUAUAUGAAAUGUGCCUUAAAAUGACAAUAAACUUGCUGUAUAAUUUGAAA